UGUUGAACGAUGCACAGUGACACCAUCUGCAGCAAGAUGAUGUUGUAGGUCUUUGGAGGUGGUCUGUGGGCUGUUUUUGACCGUUCUCACCAUCCUUCGCCUUACCGAUAUUUUACUUGGCCUGCCACUUCUGGCCUUAACAAGAACUGUGCCUGUGGUCUUCCAUUUCCUCACUAUGUUUCUCACAGUGGACACUGACAGCUUACAUCUCUGCGAUAGCUUUUUGUAGCCUUCCUCUAAACCAUAAUGUUGAACAAUCUUUGUUUUCAGGUCAUUUGAGAGUUGUUUUGAGGCCCCCCACUUUGCCACUCUUCAGAGGAGAGUCAAAGAGAACAACAACUUGCAAUUGGCCACCUUAAAUACCUUUUCUCAUGAUUGGAUGCACUUGUCUAUGAAGUUCAAGGCUUAAUGAGCUCACCAAACCAAUUGUGUUCCAAUUAAUCAGUGCUAAGUAGUUACAGGUAUUCAAAUCAACAGAAUGACAAGGGUGCCCACAUUUUUGCAGAGCCUAUUUUUCACAUCUGAUUUAAUUUCAUACAACUUAAUAUUGCUACACUAAAAAUCUUUGUCUGGAUAAUACCCCAGUACUCAGCUUUUAUUAGAAAAUGAAUGGCAUGCCACUGUGAUCAUUUUCUGUGACGACAGAGUAAAUUAUUAUGCAGCCUCAGAGGGGUGCCCAAACUUUUUCAUACGACUGUAUGUAUCAACCACAGAACUGACACUUACUAGCAGUUCCCACUCACUACCAGUCAGUUGACUCACUGUACAAGACCUCUCCCCUUCAGUCUACUGCAGGGUGGGAGAUGCAACAAUGGCCUUGAGAACAGCAGGAAGUGUGUUGGUGGUCUUUCUCUGGUCUGUAGCAGUGGUACUGGGUCAGAAUGUCUGGAGUGUGACUUACACCACUCAGAGUAUCUGUGUCUUGGAGGGGUCAACAGUGGAGCUGUCCUGCUCUAUCAGAUAUCCCAGUGGUACAGUCACAUCAACCUACUGGUUCACUAAAUGGGGGACUGGUGUAGAACCUGAAGAUCUAGGUCAGAACCCAGAGUAUGCAGGUCGUCUGGAGUAUCAUGGGGAUAAGAAGAAUGGUCACAACCUGAGAAUCACAGACCUGAGAGAGAGUGACUCAGCUACGUACAAGUUCAGAUUUAUAACAGAUCAGACUGGAGGGAAAUAUACUGGUGAUCCUGGAGUCACUCUGUCUGUCACAGCUCUGCAGGUGAAGGUGACUCCUCAACAGUUUUCAGUGUAUAAGACACUGACCUGUAGCACCACCUGUACUCUGACUGACAACCCCACCUACAUCUGGUACAAGAACGGACAACAUCUAGAUGAGAGCACCUCCCCCCAGUACAAAGACCCAGUCUCCAGUAACUAUGAGGACAGUUACUCCUGUGCUGUAAAAGGCCAUGAGGAUCUCCACUCUCCUGCAGUGUGUGUUCAGGGUCAGAGCUGCAGCAGAGUGACUUACACCAAGAGGAGAAUCUGUGUCUUGAAGGGGUCAACAGUGGACAUAUCCUGUGCUUAUGUUGGUUAUUAUUCCACCACAUCAACAUUCUGGUUUAGAAGUGAUAAGUCGACCCCUGAAGACCUAACCAGAGACCCAGGGUAUACAGGUCGUGUGAAGUACACUGGAACAUACAGAGGUCCCUUCACCCUGAGAAUCACAGAUCUGAGAGAGGAGGACUCAGCUGAGUAUCGCUUCACUUUUAAAACAAAGAAAUGGGGUCAUAGUUUCCCAGGAACAACUCUGUCUGUCACAGGUCUGCAGGUGAAGGUGACUCCUGCUGCAGAGGGACAGAAGACACUGACCUGUAUCACUACCUGUACUCUGACUGACAACCCCACCUACAUCUGGUACAGGAAUGGACAGAAUGUACAAGAUACCUCCUCCCCCAUGUACUCCAUCAGCAGUGAGGAUGCAGACAGCUACUACUGUGCUGUAAAAGGCCACGAUGGUCUCAGCUCUCCUGCAGUGUAUAAACCAAAGACCUCAGUGUCAGUCAGUCCCUCUGGUGAAAUAGUGGAGGGCAGUUCAGUGACUCUGACCUGCAGCAGUGAUGCCAACCCACCUGUGGACAAAUACACCUGGUACAAGAAGAAUGGAGGUGGCUAUCAGAGUAUGACAGGACCACAGCAUGUCUUCAAUCAAAUCCAGUCAUCUGACACUGGAGAGUACUACUGUGAGGCCCAGAAUGAGAUGGGGACAGACAGGUCUAGGACCAUGAACAUGGAUGUGAAGUACGGCCCAAAGAGCACCUCAGUGUCAGUCAGUCCCUCUGGUGGAAUAGUGGAGGACAGUUCAGUGACUCUGACCUGCAGCAGUGAUGCCAACCCACCUGUGGACAAAUACACCUGGUACAAGAAGAAUGGAGCUUCACUGACAGGAUCUGAAAAGACAUACAAUUUCACCACCAUCAGCUCUGAGGACAGUGGAGAAUACUACUGUGAGGCUGAGAAUAAAUAUGGACGUCUCAUCUCUUCUUCUGUGUCUGUGGACGUUCAGUACGGCCCAAAGAGCACCUCAGUGUCAGUCAGUCCCUCUGGUGAAAUAGUGGAGGACAGUUCAGUGACUCUGACCUGCAGCAGUGAUGCCAACCCACCUGUGGACAAAUACACCUGGUACAAGAAGAAUGGAGUCUACUAUCCAUCAACCACCUAUAUGACCACAGGACCACAUCUUGUCUUCAAUCAUAUCAAGUCCUCAGUCACUGGAGAGUACUACUGUGAGGCCUGGAAUGGGAUUAAGACAGGGAGGUCUGAGUAUAUCAACAUCAAUGUGAGAUAUAAACCAAAGAACACCUCAGUAUCAGUCAGUCCCUCUGGUGAAAUAGUGGAGGGCAGUUCAGUGACUCUGACCUGCAGCAGUGAUGCCAACCCACCUGUGGACAAAUACAUCUGGUACUUUCAAAAUAAGACUUUUCUAAAUGGAUUUGGACAGAUGUACAACAUAAGUAAGUUCAAGUCUAAGGACAAUGGACAUUACCACUGUGAGGCCUGGAAUGGAAGAGGAUCUAGGAACUCUACAGCUCUGAUGAUCAUUUUACCAGGGAAACAAACAUCAGUUCUGAAUGCAGCUGCAGGAAUCAUAGUGGUUGUUCUGGUUCUCAUCCUCUGUCUCUCUGGCUUCAUGUGGUUCAGGAAGAAGGCCUCCAUAUCCACCUCUGACACAAGAGACAUAUCAGAGAAUGUACAGGGAGACUCUAGUCCAGUGUAUGAAAACGUCUCAAGCAUGGCCAUGGCCCCUACUGCAACAAAGACAGCAGCCACCGUCAUCCAGGAUGAUGUUCACUAUGCCAGUGUCCACUUCUCUCGCUUCAAAAACCAGGAAGUGCCUCUGUACUCCACCGUCCAACUGCAUCAACCCCAGAAACAGGACGAGGAUGUCCAGUACGAUGCUGUGAAAUUCAACCUCCCCAGUGCUGCCAACCGACCCACAGCAGCACAAGCAGCUGAGGAGGACUCCUCUGUUCUCUACAGUACAGUCAACAAACCCUGAACCAAGAAGAGCUGAACACAACAAACCCAGAAGACCUGAACACAACAAACCCAGAAACAAGAGGACCUGAACACAACAAACCCAGUACCAAGAAGACCUGAACACAACAAACCCAGUACCAAGAAGACCUGAACACAACAAACCC